CUCGGCGAAGGUCCGCCUGCGCAGUCGCACCUUUCGGUGUGAGUCUUGCUCCUGUCGUAGACUGGUUGCUCAAGCUUCAUCCCACUUCCGACACAAGCCCAGCCCUCACCACGGCCAUUACCUAAGGCCGCCCACUUCCGUCUGCCGCCCCGCCUCCACCAAAGAAAGUUACUUCAAGCCCCUCCUACUUCUGUCUGGCGCCCCGCCCCCAUCCCCGCAGAGCCCUCAGCCCCGCUUACUUCCGGCAGGCGCCCCGCCCCUCCAAGGGCGAUGCUGUCAGAGCGUUUACGACCCUGGUGCCGCAAAGCGCUGGAGUGCAGCUGUCCGAGCGACUUGUUUUCCGGAUCCCGGGGCUGCAGGUGGUGAAGUAUGUUAUGAUUAAAAGUGGAUUAAUUCCAUGUUAAGUGAAAAUGGCCAAUUCUUUACGAGGAGAAGUACUGGCUCUUUACAAAAAUCUGCUGUAUCUUGGACGGGACUAUCCAAAAGGAGCAGACUAUUUUAAAAGGCGUUUGAAGAAUGUUUUCCUUAAAAACAAGGAUGUGAAGGACCCAGAGAAGAUCAAAGAGCUUAUUGCACGAGGAGAAUUUGUAAUGAAGGAGCUAGAGGCCUUAUACUUCCUUAGGAAAUACAGAGCUAUGAAGCAACGUUACUAUUCAGAUACCAACAACUAACCAAUCAGUGCCAGCUGUUUGUGUGUACCAACUAUUAUAAUUCAAUUUACAAUGGCAAGAUACAUGUUUAAAAAACCAGAGUUGCCCUACUGUACUAAAAUGUGUUUCAACCUCA